CAGUACGAUUCUUUUUAUAAAUUAAUAAUAGUAGUAAUGAAUUAUAUUUUUAGUGUAAUUUUUAUCGUAUUAUUAAGUUCAAAAAAUAUUUUGUCAGUGAAAAAUAAAAUUGAGUGUGGAUAUAAGCAAUGUCCACAAACGAGAGACGGGGCUCUGAAUGUCCAUUUAAUUCCACAUUCACACAUGGAUGCUGGAUGGGUGAAGACGUUUGAUGAGUAUUAUUAUGGAACAAAAACUUCAAUCAGCACUGCGAAUGUGCAGUUGAUAUACCACUCUGUGCUGUCGGAGCUACUGCACGAUAAAAGAAGGAAGUUCACCUUCUCAGAGACAGCUUACUUCUGGCGCUGGUGGAAGGAACAGCGGCCGACUACCAGAGCUACCUUCAGGACUCUGGUGCAGGAAGGUCGGGUGGAAUUCGCUGGAGGAGGCUGGGUGCACAAUGAUGAAGCUACUCCGGAUUAUCUGCACAUCAUUGAUCAGUAUACUUGGGGUUUGAGGAAACUGAACGACACUCUUGGACCAUGUGGCAAGCCGAAGGCUGCCUGGCAGAUAGACACAUAUGGACAUACAAGGGAACAGGUCUCCUUGCUAGCACAGAUGGGGUACGAUGGGCUGUUUAUAGGUCGAGUGGACCACAAGCAGAGGGAAGCCAUGAUAGAAGAAGACAGAAUGGAGUUCAUGUGGCGAGGGUCUGAUGUUCUGGGUAAAAUGUCAGACAUAAUGACGCAUACACUGUUCAACCUGUACAACGCUCCGGAUGGAUUCUGCUUCGAUUUCCUUUGCAAUGACGAGCCGAUCAUCGAUGAUCCCGACAACAAGGUCUAUAAUGCUGAUAAGAGGGUAAACGAUUUUAUAUCCCAAAUCGAAAGACAAGCGAAGUACUACGACCACGACAAUAUCAUGGUGACCAUGGGGGGAGACUUCACCUACCAGAGCGCAGCCAACUGGUUCAUGAAUAUGGACAAACUCAUCAACCACGUCAACACUCACCCAGCCAAUUUAUCAGAUAUAAAUAUAUUUUAUUCGACGCCAUCUUGCUAUCUGAAGGCUAUUUAUUUGUAUGGGAGGAGGGAUAAAGCCGUUUACACUGAAAAAGAUGACCAGCUACCAUACGGCAGCGACUCCAUGACCUACUGGACUGGCUACUACACCUCUAGACCGAGUCUCAAAUACUUUGCCAGAAGGGCACAUGUAUUUUUACAAGUAGUAAAACAACUGACGGUGAUCGCUCGUUUAGGAGAUUCGUACGAAUUACAUCUGCUAAGGCACGCUGUGAGCCUGGUACUACAUCAUGAUGCGAUUACAGGGACAAGCCAGCAACAUGUCGCUUCUGAUUUUGUCAGGAUCCUAAGUGAAGCCAUCGAUGCGUGUACUAAGAAAGUUUCCAAUCUACUCAGUUAUUUAACUCCGACAUGGGGUGGGAGUAGACGAACGAAGAAUAACCAACAAUUUGUAAUAUGCCAUCAGCUGAACAUGAGUCAAUGUAGAUUCACAGAGAAUCAAGAAUCAAUGCUCCUGCUCGUCUACAACCCGCUGAGCGUGAAGACAUAUCACCACGUUAGACUGCCCGCCAUAGCUCUACACUACACCAUCAGGGAUUUCAAUGAUGAAGAAGUGGAAUACCAGUUGGUGCCUCUCCCAGCAGCUGUGAUCAAUCUGCCCGGGAGAUCCUCUACUGCAAUCCAGGAGUUGUGCUUCGAAGCUGAAAACAUACCUCCAUUAGGAUUCACCGCGUAUUACAUAGCUCCUGUUCGAGAUCAGUUGGAGGAGAACGAAUUUGCGAAAAAGUUUUCCAAAUCGAAUCCAGGGAAGAUCGAAGCUGAACAGGAGAUUAUACCUUUCAUAUCCAAUGAGUACAUAAAAGUGACAGUGGACAAGGUGACAGGACUACUGGAGUCCAUCCAGCAUGUGGACGGGGUCAAGAUAGACGUGGGGCAGAACUUCUACUACUACGCACAGGGCCAGCAGACCCUGCAGUCGGGAGCCUACAGCUUCAGACCUGAUCGACAGAGGCCAGUCGCUGUAACAGACAAAGUAGCCUACAACACGAUCCGAGGGUCGUUAGUCAAGGAGAUCCGACAGAGGUUCAGCGACUGGAUCACGCAAAUCAUCAGGCUGUACCGCGGUGAGGAGUUCGUGGAGAUGGAGUGGAUUAUUGGACCUAUACCUAUUGGCACGGACCUGGGCAAGGAGGUGGUGAGCCUGUUCACCACGAACAUCACCAGUAAUGGGGAAUUCUUCACGGACUCCAACUCUCGGCAGAUGAUGAGGCGCACAUGUUGGAACGAAUCUGCAAAUAAUCAACAGAUAAAGAAGCCAAUAGCAGCCUGCUACUACCCAGUAACAUCACGCAUAUGUAUACAUUCGGGGAACGCCAGUGUAGAGAUGUGUGUCCUAGUCGACAGGACCGAGGGAGGAACCUCUUACAAUGAUGGAGAGAUUGAACUCAUGGUUCACAGAAGACUCCUCACAGACGAUGGUUUCGGUCUUGAGGAGACCCUGAACGAGGAAUCUUAUGGAGUCGGACUGGUGGUGAAGGGAAAACACAGGAUACUCUUUGGAAACUAUCGACAAGAAGUGGAUGACCAGACCUUCUCAGAGCGGAUGUCUCUCUACUCGAGGAAGUGGCAGUACGAGCCCUGGCUGUUCCUCACUUCUGGAGAGAAGCUCAAUAGGAGAAAAUGGCAGAAUGUCAGAAAUAAGAGAUUUUCAGUGCUGAAGCUGCAUGGUCUGCCGCGCCACAUCCAUGUGCUCACCUUGGAGCCGUGGAAGGCAGGCACCGUCCUGCUCAGGCUGGAGAACACACUGGAAAGUCCUAUUCGAGAACGAUACAGAACUGAUAAAUCGGACGGCCCAGAAGACUACACGAGCAAACCGACGCACAUCACAGUGGAGUUGAGGAAGAUCUUCCUACAGAUGAACAUCAAACUGGUCAGGGAGACCACGCUCGCUGCCAACCAGUGGCUGGAUGAUGCACGGCAGAUGGAUUGGAGUACAAGAUACGUAUACAAUGGAGCUGACGAUGGAAUUCUACCAGAAGACGCAGAAGAAACAGAAGAUAAGCCACCGAAACCAGCAGAAAAUAAAGAUUCAGACGAAGACGCAGAAUACGGACGAAAGAAAUAUGUCCGACAAAGAUUUUCAGACAAAUCUCGAUCGAAAAUCAAAACGCCUGUAUACGCAGACUACGACAGGCGCAAACGAUCGAUAAACGUGUCAGAAAACGUCAUGGAAAACAUAAUUAAUGACACGACACUAGACGAAGUCAGAUUUAAUGACACAACAGCGUCACCACCGAAUGACACAUCCAUAGAUUCGACCACAAGAUUCGAUAUCAAUAAUACAGUGAAAUUUUCGGAACAAUUCAAGUUUUUGGUCACUCAGAAGACCCCUAAAAUGAGUUUUUUGAGCAGAAUGAAGCCUAGUAAACUGGUUAAUGAUUGGGCGGCGGAAACAGAAGAGGUAGCGUCUUCUGAGGAAGAUUUCUCUUCUAAUUUAAAGAAGAGAUCGCCUAGGAGAAAGGGUGGCAGUAGAACUGCUAAGAGGCCUAAGCCUGAAGCAGAACCAAUCACAGAUGACGUAGACGAUGGAAUAACGAAAUCAAUUUACGAAAUGUACUACAAACACCGCCCACGGAACCAAUAUAAACCAUUAAAGAACUCCGAAGAAGGGAGAAUGAGAAAGAAAAAAGCCAGAAGAUUACGCGACAAGAACGAUUAUGACUAUGAAUUGGAACCUACUACAAGAAGAUACUUCAGAAGUAAGAGUAAGAGAUUUAGAGGGAGAGGUUACUCAGCUGAUAUGCCAUUCUUCUUGACUGACGGGAAGAAGUUUAAGGGAGAAAGAGAUUAUAUAACCACAGAAGAUGGUAGGAGAAUGAGGGAGAUGGGCGCUGAAGAUGGACAUGGUAAAGAAUAUCCAGCCAAAACCACAGCAUCACGUUUGCAUAAACGUAAGAACAAUAGUGGCAUGGAAGUAGACUAUUCUGAAGAAGAGGACCUCGAUAACAUUGAGAAGGAGAUCGGAGAGAGAAGAACGGAGAAUAAUAGGAGAAAGAGAACUCUACCCAAAGACGACGAGGUACAAGUGGAACCAGGUACCUCUGAGCCUCCAGAAGACACCGAUUUCGUGGUGACCAUACGACCGACACAAAUUCGCACUUUCGUUAUUUGGUUCGAGAAUAAUAGGAAGAAUUAUAAUACAUAGGUAUUAAGAUGAUACAUUAAUGUAAAGGUACGCGUCUACAGGCCCGCAUCGCACGCAACGGAUUUUAGUUUGUCUUGUAUAGAAACUCAUACAACUGCGUCCACUGAUCCGCAUCGUACGGACCGCAUUAUCAGCAAUGCCUACAUGCGAUGCGUACUGAUGACAUAAUGC